GUAUAGUCAGAUGACUUGCUGAAGACGAAUCAUCAGUCUUUCCUUCUUUCUUCAAAUUGAAUCUUCUUCUGCAACCCUAGCUCGAUCUCCCUCUCUACCCAUCGAAUCACCAUGACGAAGCAGCAAGCUAACUGGUCUCCUUAUGACAAUAAUGGCGGAACCUGCGUGGCAGUAGCUGGAGCAGAUUACUGUGUAAUUGCAGCAGAUACUCGCAUGUCCACUGGCUACAACAUUCUUACUCGCGAUUACUCCAAGAUCAUUAAACUAGCGGAUAAAUGUGUGAUGGCUUCAUCAGGAUUUCAGGCUGACGUGAGAGCUUUGCAGAAGGUUUUGGCAUCAAGGCAUCUGAUCUACCAGCACCAGCACAAUAAGCAAAUGAGCUGUCCAGCUAUGGGUCAGCUUCUAUCGAACACACUAUACUACAAACGUUUCUUCCCCUACUAUUCGUUCAAUGUCCUAGGUGGCCUUGACGAUGAAGGAAAGGGGUGUGUCUUCACCUAUGAUGCUGUGGGAUCAUAUGAGAGGGUUGGCUACAGCUCUCAAGGUUCUGGUUCAACUCUGAUCAUGCCUUUCUUGGACAACCAACUGAAGUCUCCUAGCCCUCUGUUGCUUCCUGCUAAAGAUGCUGUUACUCCACUUUCUGAAUCAGAAGCCAUUGAUUUAGUUAAGACAUGCUUUGCUUCAGCAACAGAAAGGGAUAUAUACACUGGUGACAGACUGGAGAUAGUCGUAUUAAAUGCUGAUGGCAUUCGUAGAGAAGGAAUGGAUCUGAGGAAAGACUGAUUUCUUGUGUUUCUUAUCCGAUUAUGAAUGAAUGUAAUGAGAUUAAUUUAAAUUAUGAAAAGAUUGGCAGUUUAAACUAAUUUAGUUUGAAAAGAAAGGUAAGUGGCUUAGAGUGAUUAUUGGUAUUCAUUGUCAGCUCCUGACUGUGGAGUGUCCUUGAGAAUCUCUCUGCUGGGUGGAUUUUAUGUAUUUGGUAAGCUUUCAUCAAAAAGGAAGCCUUUCGGCUCAAAUUGGUGCGUUUA